CUGUCCUGCUCCUGCUCUGGCUCCUCCCCCUUAUCUUACCGCUGGCUGAAUGGCAGCUCUGAGGUCACAGCCAGGGAUGGAGUUCAGCUUGGUGAUAGAGGAUGUAUUCUCACCAUAGUCAGUGUGACCCAGUAUGACAGGGGGCUGUUCAUGUGUAUUGUGUCCAACCCCAUCAAUAGUGACAACCAGACACUUAACAUCAGCUGUGAGUCUCUAACCUUAUAUCUGCAUGUCUACCUCUUCUUAAUUAUCUGCAUUUCGAUUGAGCCAUUUAGGUCAACUCUGAUAAUGACCCUUCAUGUAGUUAAUGUAGUAAUCUCAUGAUUAAGCUCCCUUUAAACGACACCUGCUUAGAAAUAACAAGGCUUGAUGCUUUGUUACUGAAUAUUUUGCUUUCAGUUUUAGAUAAAGUCUAUGGAGAUAUUUUCCCAGCUUCAUAUAUCACUAAUUAACAUAUCAUGCUUUAGAAAGAUGGUCUCAUCAUGUGGCAGGUCUCAAUGGCCUUAUUCGGUCAUUUCAUCCUUGUGCGUCAUCACUAUUUCAUGUGCUGGUGGCGGAUUGUUGGUUGCAAGUGAUGGGAUGCUGAAGCUAGGUACACACUAAUAUUAAUAGCAUGGACCCAUAAUGCACCCAUAAUAUUGAUAAAAUGGCCCAAUGGGUCUUUUGAACAUGGUCUCUAGAAAUUAUCUCUGUAAAUCACUGUUGCUCAACCUCCCCUCUUUCAUGCUGGGCCCUUAAUACCAGAACCCUGAGGUACCAGAGGAGACGGAGAUGGAGACAGUCAUGCAAGGAAGGAGAGUCACAGGCUCUGCGAAGCACCUCCACAAGGCGGAAUGGAAACCCAACGCACCCUAAUCACCUCCAGCACUCCUGCACCUCAUCUCAUCACUACCCCUAUUUAGCCCUGGACUGUUCUGUAGGAUGUUGUGUGUGAUUGUUUUGCUUCAUGUCAUGUACUCUAUCUUUGUUCAUUCUCUUUGUCAUUGUUUGAGUAAACCUUGACCUUGUUAAUUUCUGCGUCCUGCCUCUUCGUAUCCUCAGUACUCGUCACAGCAUGCAUGUGUUUAUAAGUCGGUUAUUAAAGAAUGUGAAACAAGUCGUGUAUGUUAACUAUUUCCUGAUUGUGUUCAUGAGUCUGUUAUGAAAUGUGUAUUCUUAUUGCUUUUCAAUAAAUCAUGUAUGGCUACAAGUAUUGUAUAUGCAUUCCUUCAUAUGGGCAGUAUAUUGUAGCCUAAGCCUAUAUACAUAAUAUGGGCAGAAUGUAUAUACAUUUGUUCAUGUGGUUAUAUAAAUGCUGAAGGCUAAAAACAGCCAAUAUCUAUGUGUUUUCGUUUUAUCUCGUUUUUACUCCAUCCAUUAACACCAACCAUUCACUAUAAAACCUUUAUUUAUCAACAAAAAGCUUAGCAAAAUACAAAAAAUGAUGGGGCAAAAAUAAGUAGGCCUAAAACAUGUAUUUCAAAUAACCCAAAAAAUAUAUACAAAAAUAAGAGUAAGCCUUGUUAUUGGCCUUGUGCAUGAUGUCAUCAAUAAUAAGAAUAAUAAAGCCAUUAUUAUGUUAAACAAGACAUAGCCUAUGGGAAACAUUGACUUUCUUCGAAUGCGUCCAACCUUCUCCCCUCUAUUACACUGCUGCUACUCUCUGUUUAUUAUCUAUGUAUAGUCACUUUAAUAACUCUACCUACAUGUACAUAUUACCUCAAUUACCUCGACUAACCGGUGCCCCCGCACAUUGACUCGGUACCGGUACCCCCUGUAUAUAACCUCACAAUUGUUAUUUUACUGCUGCUCUUUAAUUAUUAUUUUUUUAUAUAUAUUUUUUUUAGGUAUUCUUUCUUAAAAACUGCAUUGUUGGUUAAGGGCUUGUAAGUAAGCAUUUCACUGUAAGGUCUACAUCUGUUGUAUUCGGCGCAUGUGACAAAUACCAUUUUAUUUUAUUUUAUUUGGAAUCCAUGUUACCUGAAGGUAUGUCAGGAGCUCCUCCAGUUGAUCACUAGCACGCUAGAGGCUGCUGCUGCCUAUUGAAAUCACUGUCCACUUUAAGAAAUGGAACACUAGUCACUUUAAUAAUGUUUACAUAUCUUGCGUUACUCGUCUCAUAUGUAUAUACUGUAUUCUAUAAUGUUCUACUGUCUCUUAGUCCAUGCCGCUCUGUCAUUGCUGUCCAUAUAUGUAAACUCAGCAACAAAAUAAAACUGUCAACUGCUUUUAUUUUCAGCAAACUUGUGUAAAUAUUUGUACGAACAUAACAAGAUUCAACAACUGAGACAUAAACUGAACAAGUUCCACAGACAUGUGACUAACAGAAUGUAAUAAUGUGUCCCUGAACGAAGGGGGUAUCAAAAUUAAAAGUAACAUUCAGUAUCUGGUGUGGCCACCAGCUGCAUUAAGUACUGCUGUACAUCUCCUCCUCAUGGACUGCACCAGAUUUGCCAGUUCUUGCUGUGAGAUGUUACCCCACUCUUCCACCAAGGCACCUGCAAGUUCACUGACAUUUCUGGGGGGAAUGGCCCUAGCCCUCACCCUCCGAUCCAACAGGUCCCAGACGUGCUCAAUGGGAUUGAGAUCCGGGCUCUUUGCUGGCCAUGGCAGAACACUGACAUUCCUGUCUUGCAGGAAAUCACACACAGAACGAGCAGUAUGGCUGGUGGCAUUGUCAUGCUGGAGGGUCAUGUCAGGAUGAGCCUGCAGGAAGGGUACCACAUGAGGGAGGAGGAUAUCUUCCCUGUAACACACAGAUUUGAGAUUGCCUGCAAUAACAACAAGCUCAGUCCGAUGAUGCUGUUACACACCACCCCAGACCAUGACGGUGUUGUUGCCGGUGAUGUCUGGUGAGGACCUGCCUUACAACAGGCCUACAAGCCCUCUGUCCAGCCUCUCUCAGCCUAUUGCGGACAGUCUGAGCACUGAUGGAGGGAUUGUGCAUUCCUGGUGUAACUCGGGCAGUUGUUGUUGCCAUCCUGUACCUGUCCCACAGGUGUGAUGUUCGGAUGUACCGAUCCUGUGCGGAUGUUGUUACACGUGGUCUGCCACUGCGAGGACGAUCAGCUGUCCGUCCUGUCUCCCUGCAGCGCUGUCUUAUUCAUCUCACAGUACGGACAUUGCAAUGUAUUGCCCUGGACACAUCUGCAGUCCUCAUGCCUCCUUGCAGCAUGCCUAAGGCACGUUCACGCAGAUGAGCAGGGACCCUGGGCAUCUUUCUUUUGGUGUUUUUCAGAGUCAAUAGAAAGGCCUCUUUAGUGUCCUAAGUUUUCAUAACUGUGACCUUAAUUGCCUACCGUCUGUAAGCUGUUAGUGUCUUAACGACCGUUCCACAGGUGCAUGUUCAUUAAUUGUUUAUGGUUAAUUGAACAAGAAAUGUAUGGGGAAAGGCUGACAUUUUAUUUAAACAUUGGAUUUCUGUGCCUCGAAUUUCAUAAUAAUUUCAGUUUUCAGACGUUUUCCUUUGGUGUCUCUCCUCACUUGGAAAGCCUGCUACUCACUGAUCUCAAUACUAAAGCUGAUAAUUGUGAAUUGAUUGAAUUGGAAUGAUGUGAAUAAUGAAAAUGAUGAUGAGAGCUCAGUAUAGCCUAACCCUUUAAUCAUAGGAUAUUGUUACUCUGUGUCUCUAAAAUCACAAUGUUAAAAUUUCUAUAGUCAUUCGACAGUCUCUUUUAUUUGAAACAUCCAAAUGUCGGCAGCAGAUAAUUUUUUUUUGCAUUGAAUGUUCUAUUUUCGUAGCUGAUCAGAAUUCGAUAUGCUAUAGACUAUAGAUAAUAUUCUGCCCAUAUGAACACAUUUAUUUUAGGCCAUAUAUUUUUUUUUUAAAUGCAUGAUUUUAUGAAAGGCAGCAAACAGACACAACAUUGUUUCACAUUCUUUAAUAAAAUAUUAAUAAACAGGCAAUGGGCUAUACAGCUGGUAUCACAGAACUACAGCCCUGAACCGUAUGCCAAUCUGAACCUAACAAAAGGCAAAAGGUCAGUUUGUGAACAGCUAAGAUCCAGCACCCUCCCUCUGGCAAUAGAGACGGGUAGAUUUAACAGUCCCUGAAGAUGAACGAUUUUGUUUAUUGUGUGAUCUUGGGGAAAUCAAAAAUAAAAUCCAAUUUGUGUUAUAUUUCCCCAUAUAUGAUGAUCGGAGAAGUUCUGUGUUGUGUUCAUGCUCACCCUGAAGUGUUCUGGCUACAUGACAAACACAGGCUAUAAUCUUUUUUUAGAUAUUGCCCAAUUUAUUUUCAAACCCUGGGGGAAAAGGAGAAGUUUAUUGUUUGUACAAUGUGACAAGGUGAUUGAUAGCUGUACUUUGUUAUGGUGAUUAACUAUGCGUCUAAUUAGGGUUUGACAGCAAAGCUAUUGUUAUUCUUCGAUAAUUUUUUCUUCCUUUCCCAUGGUUAAAUAACUUAAGCAUUGAUUGGAACCUCUUUUUUUGCACACAGAAACUAAAGGCCAUGAGUAACUUGGUAAAAAAGAAUGGCAGUGAUUGGCAUAUAGGUGGAGCUGUUAUAAACAGUCUCACUUAAACCGUCCUAUCCACCGCCCCGUUUGACCUAUAGACUUGAAACUUUGUAUGUGUCACGUCUACUCCUGCUUCUCCCCUCCGGCGUGCGACGUCACCGGAAUACUGACCACCGGUCCUGGGAUUCAUCAUUACGCACACCUGGCAUCCAUCAUUACGUGCACCUGCAGAUCAUUAUGAUUCACACCAGGACUCCAUUACCUUCCUCAUUACCUCCCCUUUAUCUGUCCCUCCCUUACGUUUAUUCCUCAGUCGGUAUUGUUCCUGUGUUCAUGCUACAGUGAGGGAAUGAAGUAUCUGAUCCCCUGCUGAUUUUGUACGUUUGCCCACUGUCAUAGACAUGAUCAGUCUAUAAAUUUAAUGGUAGGUUUAUUUGAACAGUGAGAGACAGAAUAACAACAAAAAAAUCCAGAAAAACGCAUGUCAAAAAUGUUAUCAAUUGAUUUGCAUUUUAAAGAGGGAAAUAAGUAUUUGACCCCUCUGCAAAACAUGACUUAGUACUUGGUGGCAAAACCCUUGUUGGCAAUCACAGAGGUCAGACGUUUCUUGUAGUUGGCCACCAGGUUUACACACAUCUCAGGAGGGAUUUUGUUCCACUCCUCUUUGCAGAUCUUCUCCAAGUCAUUAAGGUUUCGAGGCUGACGUUUGGCAACUCGAACCUUCAGCUCCCUCCACAGAUUUUAUAUGGGAUUAAGGUCUGAAGACUGGCUAGGCCACUUCAGGACCUUAAUGUACUUCUUCUUGAGCCACUCCUUUGUUGCCUUGGCCGUGUGUUUUGGGUCAAUGUCAUGCUGGAAUACCCAUCCACGACCGAUUUUCAAUGCCCUGGCUGAGGGAAGGAGGUUCUCACCCAAGAUUUGACAGUACAUGGCCCCGUCCAUCGUCCCUUUGAUGCGGUGAAUUUGUCCUGUCCCCUUAGCAGAAAAACACCCCCAAAGCAUAAUGUUUCCACGUCCAUGUUUGACGGUGGGGUGCUUGGGGUCAUAAGCAGCAUUCCUCCUCCUCCAAACACGGCAAGUUGAGUUGAUGCCAAAGAGCUUGACUUUGGUCUCAUCUGACCACAACACUUUCACCCAGUUCUCCUCUGAAUCAUUCAGAUGUUCAUUGGCAAACUUCAGACGGGCCUGUAUAUGUGCUUUCUUGAGCAGGGGGACCUUGCGGGCGCUGCAGGAUUUCAGUCCUUCACGGCGUAGUGUGUUACCAAUUGUUUUCUUGGUGACUAUGGUCCCAGCUGCCUUGAGAUCAUUGACAAGAUCCUCCUGUGUAGUUCUGGGCUGAUUCCUCACCGUUCUCAUGAUCAUUGCAACUCCACGAGGUGAGAUCUUGCAUGGAGCCCCAGGCCGAGGGAGAUUGACAGUUAUUUUGUGUUUCUUCCAUUUGCGAAUAAUCGCACCAACUGUUGUCACCUUCUCACCAAGAUGCUUGGCGAUGGUCUUGUAUCCCAUUCCAGCCUUGUGUAGGUCUACAAUCUUGUCCCUGACAUCCUUGGAGAGCUCUUUGGUCUUGGCCAUUGUGGAGAGUUUGGAAUCUGAUUGAUUGAUUGCUUCUGUGGACAGGUGUCUUUUAUAUAGGUAACAAGCUGAGAUUAGGAGCACUCCCUUUAAGAGUGUGCUCCUAAUCUCAGCUCGUUACCUGUAUAAAAGACACCUGGGAGCCAGAAAUCUUUUUGAGAAGGGGUCAAAUACUUAUUUCCCUCAUUAAAAUGCAAAUCAAUUUAUAACAUUUUUGAAAUGCUUUUUUCUGGAUUUAUUUGUUGUUAUUCUGUCUCUCACUGUUCAACUAAACCUACCAUUAAAAUUAUAGACUGAUCAUUUCUUUGUCAGUGGGCAGGGGAUCUAAUAAACAAAAUCAGCAGGGGAUCUAAUACUUUUUUCCUACACUGUAUGUCGCCACUGUUACGCUGUCUCGUUUCAUGUUUGUUGUUUUAUUGAAUGUUUCUCCUGCACCUGCAUCUCGACUCAGUGUCAUUGUUAAAGUAUGUAGGUUUCUUUUCUCAUGCUGAACAAAUUUGCCCCAAAGACCCAUACGGUGAGUCAAGAUAGGUUUUCCUCCAUCUUGGAAAUUUUUGAAAACCUUUGAAAAACGUCUUCUCAUGUAAACAGUAUAUGGACAAGGUAUGCAGCAAUCCAUUGUUUGGUUUAGUUUCCCUGGCACUGUUUUAGCAUUUGUGGCACAAAUCCCAUUUUUAGAAAUUGGACCAAUUUUAGCAUUUUUUGCAUAUCAUGAUAAAAUCAUAUAUAAGGGACUUUGUUGCGCUUCAAAUUAAUUUUAGAUACUUUCAGAUGAUUUGGACAUGAUGUGUGAAAAAUGCUGAUGAACCAUAAGUCAGAUUGACUCCAGAUUUGGUAUAUAGACUCAAUACAUUUUCCUCUAUAAAAUGAAAUGUUGCAUUAAAAGUCGGCCAUGCUACACCACUAAAUGGCACCAUAUCACACCUGGGCAAUAACAACUUAACCGAUGGACAUGAGGCCAUGAAAUUUGGUAUGUAAACCUUAGAAGCUUUGUGAAUAUAAAGUCACUGCAACCUUAGAUGGCUGCACCAGACCAGUUGGUGGCACUAUAGAUGUAAUUUGCACCUAUAUACUAGAGCAAAAUCUAUUGAUCAAGUGGACUUUGUCGCAUACAAAUUAAUGUUAGAUUUAAAUUAUGGAGAGGAACAAUAUGAAAUAUUGUGAAAAUAACGCAGAAAAUAUUUCACAAAGCUUAACAUAAACCAUUAGUCAAAUUGUCCCCAGAAUUGGUAUAUAAACUCAAUAUAUUAGGUAAUGACUUUAAGAAUGAUUACCUGCUGCAUUCAGCAACCUACAGCACUAGACAUACUUCACUUGCAUCAUCCUUGUGGUAUUGAGAGAUAAACAUGGUAAUGUAUCACUGGUUGCACAUAAAGGAAGAUAAUGUAGUCCCUACAUGAUAGAGUGCUGGCUUUGUUAUCCAACUGAUCUUGUGUCCUUUCCGUCGUCCUGUGAACCCCAUUAUUUGCUGCUCACAGCUAUAUUUUGUAAUUUUGUUUUGUGUUUUGUGCAUAUGUUCUUGUUUUAAAAGCCCAUACCGGCUGGGCACCAAUUGCUGAAAUAAAUUUUAUUUAUAAAUAAAUAAAUCCAUCAAUACGUAGACCUAGUAAAGUAUUUAAUCUACACUGUAGUUCUUUGAGUAAUACUGACACCUUGUGGUGUUGUAUGGUCCCCUCUGCGUUUGGUUUGACUGUAUUUGACUCCUCCCCUCACUGAGAACGCACACACUAAACCUUUCCAUUCACAGGGGACAUUUCGGGAAGGUAAUAUAUAGUGUAAAGUGAUACUUUAAUUUCAUUGAAUAGCGUCCAAAAUAUUCUAUGUUGACCAAUAUUAUGUUUGAUUUACUAAAGAAUUGACCAAAUUCAAACAUUGAAUUGAACAUUGAAAUGCUUGGGUUACCACUCUAAAUGGAAAACAACACAGCUUCCUUAUUUUUAACAUCAUAAAAUAUUCAAGUUUGGUCAUAUGUGUUAUGACACAAUAAGGCAUUUCAUCUUAACAUCUAUCCAUAUUAUGCAAAUUAUUUUAGACAGGAUGUACAGGGUUUGGUUUUGCUAACCGAAGACCCCUCUUAUUUGACUUGAUUGAAUCAAAGCUAUUGAUACAUCAGGAGAGAUGGAAACAGCUACAGUUGUUUCUCUCACCAUGGCAGUACUCUCAGGUAAGACUUUUAAAGUAUUCACAGUAAGGCACAGAAACUUGGCUUUCAGAGACAGACAAAAGUCAAAAGAAGGGAAAAGGACAGAAGUGCAGGAGACAUUAUAAAAAGUUUUGUAGAAAUGUUUAAAGAUUUGACAGCCAAAGUUUAUUUUGCUUACUGACGAAUGUAUAAAUCACAUAUUAACACUUUCAAUAUAACCAAUACUCGUCUCCAAUUAAACCUAUAGGGGUAGGAAUUGUUCUUCAAUAUUGACCAUUAUGUACCAAACUUCAAUAACAUAUGUACCAUUUCAGUUAUAAUGUUCAUUUUUCAUGAUACAGUACAACAAAGUUAUAGAAUACAUUUUCCAUGAUACAGUACAAUUGCAUGACUAUUACAGUUGGCAUUUCAUGAAUUGCUAUCAGUCUUGUUUGAUAAAUGUUUUAUAUAUUUGCUAAGUGGCAUACAGGAUAAGAUCACCCUCUGUAUGACUUACUGUGUAACUGCAAUUUGGUUCACAAUAUGAUAAUGAAAAAAAGGGGGGGAACAUUGACAUCCUUUUUAAUACUGUGUAAUAUAGAUAGGUUGAUUGCUACUUAAAUCUUUAUUUGUCUCAGGUUUCUGUCAUGGAGACUUGUUACCAGCCGGACCCCUGAAUGGAGCGUUAGGAGAGAAUAUGACAUUUAAUGUAACCCUAAGCCCCCCAGAACCACCUAAAGCAGUCACCUGGAGUUUUGGUGUAAACAUUAUAAUAAUUCUAUCUGGUGGCACUGAAACUGUAUUUGGUGAUUACAAAGGCAGGAUCACCCUGUCUAGAACUACUGGAUCUCUGGAGCUCAGGAAUCUGUCCCUGGAUGACAGUGGAGAAUACACAGUGAAUAUUAAUACUGCUGCAGAUGUAUCACUGAAAAAAACUAGACUGAAAGUAUUUGGUAAGUACACUGUGUUGCUGUAUUCCAUACCCUUUCAUUUCUCAGCAUUCCUUAGCAGUCACAUUGUACCUUUGAUAUGGAGUUUUUAAUUCAUAAGGUUUUCUUAUGUAAUUACUGUAACAUGAUACUGAUACAUCAUCCUUAAAGUGAUAGUUAGUGCCAAAGUUAUACAUUCUACCAUUAGAAAAAAAGAGGUCAAACAAGGCCCUUUGACAUCAAGUCAGAGUUUAUUUGUCACAUACACAGAUUAGCAGAUGUUAAAGCAGGUGCAGUGAAAUGCUUGAGUUUCUAGCUCCAGACAUGUAUUGUCAUUAAAUUAUUGAUCAAAAGGAGUAUAAGAUCAGUAGACCAGACCACACAGUUCUCACAGAUAUUUUUCAGUUUUUCUUAUCAUCACUGAUGAAGAGCAUGUGUGUGUGUGAGGAUUUUAUUUUGACACCACUGAAAAUGAAAAUGAUCGUAGAAGAAAUAAGAUCAUGGUCAGCUUGUGAUGAAUCGCUCCCAUUACAUUACUGCCAAAUGGUUUGAAAUGGGCUGGACAGUUACUGGUUCCAACUACAUUUAGUUACUACUGAGCACUUCUGCUGUACAUGGUCUUCACUCUGAAAUUCUCUAUAAUUGAUGGAAGAUGUUUUCAAAUGAAGCCAAGCACUGUAUUUGGCUUUGAAUAACAUUUAAUUGUCUGCUUAGCAAAAACGAAGUUAUUGGUUUUUUUUCUCUGAUGUGAUGCUAACUUCCAAUGACAGUGACAUAUUAGUGGAGUUCAGCAGCUCUGUCAGUCUGUCAUGCUCCUCCUCUGGCUCCUCCCCCUUCUCUUACCGCUGGCUGAAUAGCAGCUCUGAGGUCACAGCCAGUGAUGGAGUUCAGAUUAGAGAUGGGAACAGCACCCUCACCAUAGUCAGAGUGACCCGGUAUGACCAAGGGCCAUACACGUGUAUUGUGUCCAACCCCAUCAGCAGUGUCCCCAGCCAGAAUCUAACCCUCACCAUCAGCUGUGAGUCUCUAACCUGCAUGUCUUAUAACUUUCUUAGUUUACUGCUUGUGGAUGAACCCAUUCAUAUAACCUUUGUUUACAGUGUAGUUCAUGUAUUCAUCUUCAUAGUGCUUCUUGCAGAGCCUGCUAGUGUACACUUCAUCUGCUAAGAAAUAACAAGACUCAACAUCAUAUAAAUACACCCACUACAAUAUAUUCUGGUAUUGAACAUGGUGCUUUAACUUUAUAUCAAGUCUAACGAGAUAUUAUCCCUGUUCUAUAUGGCACUAACUUAUUAUGCUUUGGAGUAGCGUUGUCGUCCUGUGGCUUACAUUUCUACUGAAUCAAGCCUGUUUUGGUGGAUGAUUGCUGGUGAUGGAAUAACUAAACUAGAUAGAUGCAUUCUAAUGUUGAUAACAUUGAUAUAACGUGGAUGGGUCAUUUCAACAUGGUGUAGAUUAUUGCUGUUUUGGUUGACAUACCUUCAUAAAUGCUGGAGUUUGACAAGGACCAUGCAUUACAGAUGGGCCAGAUAGAACCACAAUGAACAUCACCCCUCCAGAGUCCUUUGUAAUGUCUUCAAGUACACUUUUUAUUUUCCUUCCAUUUUGUACAAACAUUUGGACAGCUAGCCUGUUCUAUAUGUAGCAGAGAAGAGUCUCAUUCAAUAGAGACAGUGUCUAUGACACAUGAGAAGAGAGACCUAUGAGUGGCAUGUGAGACUACAAAGCAGAUGACAUUGGAUUAUUAGCUGAUACUGUGCACUGUACUGUAUAUGUGAGGACCAAAGCCCCAUAUAAUACCCACCACUGUGACCUGUACGCUCUUGUUGGCUGGUCCUCACUACAUAUUCGUCGCCAAACCCACUGGCUCCAGGCCAUCUAUAAAUCACUGCUAGGCAAAUCCCCGCCUUAUCUUAGCUCAUUGGUCACCAUAGCAACACCCACCCGUAGUCUGCGCUCCAGCGGGUAUAUCUCACUGGUCAUCCCCAAAGCCAACACCUCCUUUGGCCGAAAUUCCUUCCAGUUCUCUGCUGCCAAUGACUGGAACAAAUUGCAAAAAUCUCUGAAGCUGGAGACACUUAUCUCCCUCACUAACUUUAAGCAUCAGUUGUCAGAGCACCUUACCGAUCACUGCACCUGUACACAGCCCAUCUGAAAUUAGCCCGCCCAACUACCUCAUCCCUAUAUUGUUAUUUAUUUUGCUCAUUUGUACCCCAGUAUCUCUAUGUGCACAUCAUCUCUUGCACAUCAUUCCAGUGUUAAUACUAAAUUGUAAUUAUUUUGCACUAUAGCCUAUUUUAUUGCCUUACCUCCAUAACUUGCUAAAUUUGCACACUGUAUAUUAUAUGUAUUUCUGUUGUAUUUUUUACUUUGUUUUGUUUUACCCCAUAUGUAACUCUGUGUUGUUGUUUUUAUCGCACUGCUUUGCUUUAUCUUGGCCAGGUCGCAGUUGUAAAUGAGAACUUGUUCUCAACUGGUUUACCUGGUUAAAUAAAGGUGAAAUAAAAAUAAAUAAAAUAAAAUAUUGGCAAAUACAAGUAUAGCGUUGGUUGUCAGGAUUUUGUGGCUGUCUCUUAGAAGGACAGUCUCUGGUGGAACAUUCUAGAGUUUAGAAGGUCAUGCAGUGAGGAAAGAGUAAACCACAAUGCAUUAUGUAAUUGAACUUUAAUCAUUCAAUGGCCUUGUAAAUAUUGUCCAUCUUUACAGAAAAAUGAUUAAGAUGCUGUAUGGGCAAAGUAGUAUUUUUGCAGUAUGAUUUUCUUUCUGUCAAGUGUCGACACCUAUUAUAUAAGUAACUAAUAAUUUUUCAUGCACAAACUUUACCAUGUUGCUUGUCAUUGUUCAUUUCACGUGAUUAUGAUUAAUAUAACCAUCAUUUUUACUUCUUUCACAGAAAUAAUAUCUAAUGUUGACAUCCCUUAUCCAACAAACCUGCCAAUCAUGGAGGGGAACUCUGUCACCUUAACCUGUGAUGCUUCUGGCUCCAUCAAUACCAGAGAGUGGAUGAAGGCUGGUCAGCCUCUGUCUCCUAGUGACAAUAUUUUAUUCUCUGAGGAUAAUAAGACAGCAUCUAUCAACCCUGUGAAGAGAACCGACAGUGGGAUUUACAUGUGUCGAGUCAGCAACCCUAUCAACUCUGAUAAUGUCAAUUAUAAUCUGACUGUAAACUGUAAGUACUCUGCUAUUAGCCUGGGGUUAUGUCUAUACACCAUUUCUGUGUUUUAACUCCUUUUGUAUUCAAAUCUGACAAAUGUAAAUGCUUAGAGAAGAUAUAGUGUUCAUUCUAUUAUAAAACGGGCCGUUUGGAUCCUGGAUGCUGAUGGGCUGAAACAGCAUUCCAGCCAUGUGUAUAUCAGACAAUAUACCACGGCUAUACAUUUGCAGUGUAUUAAACAGAAUACAUAAUUUAUGAAUGAGACUCAUUAAGACGCAUUAACCAUCCUGACCCCAACAUCAUGCUGAUUACAAACACAUGGCUACCUUAUAUUGGAACUGGUGAUAUGUGUUACAGAUGGACCUGAUGGUAUAGAAAUCAAGGGUCCAACUGAAAUAGAAGUAGGACAGAAGUUUACAUUGACCUGCUCUGCUGACUCCAUACCGACAGCUAGUUACACCUGGAUGCACAAUGGGACAAAGAUACCUGGACAUUCACCUGAGCUCAUUUAAGGGAAGAGUGAAUACUUUGACAGUGGGAAUUACACCUUUACAGCAACAAAUUAUGUCACUGGGAACAACACAUCUGCGGUCCAUGAACUAUCAGUAAAAGGUAAAGUUGGCAGAAGCUUUUAAGACAAUAUGAACAUAGUAGGUGUCUUUAUUGUAUUGUAACUGUCACCCAGAUGCAUUGUAAUGUGCAGUACUGAUUGUUCGUUGUGUGUAGCCUUUCUCUAAUCUCUGUAUGGUUCUCUCUCUGGUCUCUGCAGCGGAGGGCUCUCUAACUCCAGGACUGUCUGCUGGUGCCAUCACUGGGAUUGUGAUUGCAGUAUUGAUGGUUGUGGGAGUGGCGGUUGGUGUUGCAGUGUUCUUCAUCAAGAAAAAUGGGUGAGUUAAGAAACUUAUCAUAAAGAUGGAACCUAGACAUUUUCAUAUGUUAAUAUUUGUAAACUUAUUUAAAAUUUAUUUUCAUUUCAUUUAAAAAGUGUAUUUUCUAUCACUGCAGGUAGUGGAAAAUAUAGACUCUAUUUUCACAUUGAUCAAAGUUGGUCACUAAGAGGGCCUGGGUUUAUUUUAAAAAGCUGUUAAUAAAAACACUGUAGCAUUAUAUUCUUACAACUUUCUAAACAGCAACCUUUCAAUUUGUAUUUCUUGUUGUAUAUAGAACCAAUGCUGACCCAAUACAUCGAAGAGGUAAGCAUAUAUCUAUCUUAAAGGCCGUCAUAAUUAAUCAUGUCUUUCAAAGCUUUGCUUACUCCACAUUUACAUUCAUAUUUUAGUCAUUUAGCAAAUGCUCAUAUCCAGAGCGACUUACAGUUUCCACAAAGAACUGAAAUGGAAUCAGACAGCAGAAAAACACCAUUAUAUAAAACAAGCAUAUAUUUUGGGUUCUGAUGGGGUACAACAGUUGAACUAAACUCAUGAGGCAUUUAUAAGUAAUAUUCUUCAAGAAUCAAUGGGUACGUAUCAUUAAAUUAUAAAUCAAAAAAUGGAUGUAGCAUCGGCUGAUUGUCCCAUUAAUCCUGUAACAAUGCUUAUGCAGACAAGAUAGCAGCAUUUAUACAACCCCCUCUAUUUGUGCAUCUCCUACAGGCUCUAAACAACCUGCAUAUGAGAACCCAUCACCUGUGUAUGAGAACCCAUCACCUGUGUAUGAGAACACAAGACAAAAUACAUCUCCACCUCUACCCCUGACAGUAAGUAAGCCCUGGUCACCUGGGAUGUCUGUGCACGUCUGUAUUCUACUACAGUCUUACUGUAAUAAACAAGAUCAAUUUGCUUAACAAGAAAAAGUUAUGUAUGCAAAGACUGUUUGCCAAUGACAGCUAUUCAGUCUCUGGCCUAUUUAAGUUAUUCAUUAACAUAUGAUCGCUGUAAAAAUACUUUGAAGUUUCAUAUUUUGUCAUGGCAACUAUUGGAGUGGCUGUUGACUUCUAUGUAAUACCUUUUUUUAAUUCAAGCUUUAUCCCAAAUAAUGAACUGCAGGACUUCAAGAGUACCUAUGAUACUAGGAUA